GUCAUGGCUUCUCCACACAAAGGGCUUUUCUAUAGUCAAUUUCUGUAUUAUUCCUCCCAGGUUGCCCCCCUCAAGGCCCUUUACAGCUUUAACUACUUAUUACUCUAUGGGAGUUCCUUUCCAGGCCUAGUGAAGUUAAGGGGUAGCUAAGCCAAGCCAAGGUGUCUUUUUGAGGAGGAGACCAGCAGUGUGUUUGUGGCAAUACCCAUCCCUGUUGUGAGAACUUCCAGCCUCCAGGUCAGCCUGGACCUCAACCAAUUUCAGGAUCAUCUGCAGCCUAUUUGAAAGCAGAGCUCCAGAAAUCAUUUUCUAGGCACAGCUGCAACCCUUUUGUUCAUCUUGGCUCUAUUACAGAUCUGAUUUGCUGUGUUGUCUUGGAUGUGACAAUCUGGUGGUGAUUAUUAUAGUAAUUCACUACUAGUACGGACAUUUUGUGAGAGGUUAAGCAACUAGACUCAUUCCAUACUUGAUCACCAUUAUAAUCACACCAACUACCUCAUUUCUCCUCCAAGCCAACAGAAGGACCAUUAAUCUGCUCUACAAGAUCCACUGUUAUCAAGAACUCAUUUGCUUUUAGUAAUAUUUUAUAUCUUGAGAAGAGGUUUAAACCAUGGAGUCUGUGUCAAUUCCUUCACUAGUUACUGGCCUUAUUGAUUGCGUAGCCCAGUUAAUAAGAAUAGCGGAGGAGCUGUUGCAUUUUAUCUCACAGGAACAAGCUGCUUUUGCACAACAGAAUAGUAUGAUGGAGGAGGCAGCAGCAGUUGUGCCUCCUCCUGGGGAAGAGUCCUUGCCGGAUCUUGCUGAUCUUUGCGAUUUAGAAUCAAUACUUUCAGUGAAAGGAGAUGAAGACCUAAUCUUUGAUAUGGAUGAAGCUAUGAUAGAUGUGAAUGACAUCUAUGAGGAGAUACUCCCUGCAAUAAAGGAUGAUACAGAAAGUGAGUAAGAUUCAGCAUGUGGAGAUCAUCAUUUUUCUAUUUCAAAUACGUUCUAUUUUCUAGGCUUUAGCAAUAAGUGUUUUCUUCUAGUUCUGCAUAGUUUCAUUAUUAAAAACACAUAGAAUAGGUAAGCCUUGAUUUCUUCUUGGGAAAACCAUCUUUUUCUAAGUUUUAAUUCAAAGGAUGACUUUAGUUAUGUAGUUCUUCCUUUCCUUGUACUAUUAGGAUUCUUCAUAAGAUCAAAUAAUAGCAAAGAAAAGAAUCUCCCUAAGAAUAGAAUGAAGAACUGAUGAACUCUGCCACAUACAAACACCCAAUGUCACUAUUCUGGCAUAAAUGGAAAUUCUAAGGAUAAUAUUCUCCAGCAGGGUAUUACAGUGAAUAUUUUCACAUGGACAGUACAAUGUUGAGACAUUGCAUAUUAAAGAGAGAGAUUUCUAUGGCAGAGUAAGGCAAAUAAUUCUGAAAGUGCCACAUCUACCAGACAAUAAAUAUAUAGAAUGGUUUUCCAGUUUUACUGGGGACAAACCUUUGAGAAUUCUGGGGCCAAGAUACGCCAAUGAAAGACUGCUUCCACAAAUGCUGAUGCAUACUGAAACUCUUUGCAAUAUUGUUCUCUGAUGGAAACUGAAGCUUGUACCAGAAAUGAAAGAAAGAAGUUCUAGAAUGGCAAGACAAGGCCCAACAAAGACUUCGUCAACAGAAAGUCAAACUCUUAUGUCAUGACCUGGAGGUUAUGGUCCACAAGGGGAAGUGGACAGUGCAUAUCUUCUUGUGUAUAACUGAGUUUAAGACAGAUAGAAAGCUUAUUGUAGUAGGAUGGCUACAACAUUAACCUAGCAAUAUUUGUUAUUAAGAGGUAAAAUAUGCAAGAUGUAGACUUGUGUUGAGACACAGUAAUCUUCUAUGUGUCAGAAGGGUAAAACACAAUAGUUUUAGCACCCUCAUGCUGAAACAGAGAGCAAAUAUGCAAGAAAUUCACUGAUUAUACUAACCUAUGCCAUACAAUCAUUUUACUUCCAUGGACAUACAGUAUGGGCUUCUUAACAAUUUAUGUAGAGUCCUAAAGCACGUCAUAGGUAAAAAGAUUAAUAGGGCAUUUAGUACAGAUGAUUUCAGAGCUAACUAACAUGACAGCUACAUGGCAAGCAUACAAGUAGAAUAAAUGAAAAUUAUGUUAAAAUGCAGUUACCAGGGUUAGUUACAUAUUAUAGUAGGCAGUAUACUCUAAAGCCUAUUGCUACAAUACCUUUUUUUAAAUAAAAAAUUGAAUCUUAUUUUCCCAAUAUAAAACAGAUUCUAGGUAUGCAAGUACAGCCAAAGAAGCAAAUAGGUGAUGCACUGAAAAAUUAACCUAGACAGAUUGGAGAAAGGAUGAAGAAAUAGUGUAAUUUUCUAUGCCAGGAGGAAAUGUUAAUGAAUAAUUCUAAUAAUUAGUGAAACAGUUAGGAUUCUUUUCACAUUUAAUAAAAUAUUUACAAAUAAUGAUAAAAAGAAUUGUAGGAAAGUUAGAAAACAUAAUCUACUAGGCUAGGCUAGGGACAACUAGGGGAAAUAUAUAUUGCCAUCAAGACAUUUUCAACUGUCGGAUAUGGGGUAUAAUUUUCUGUCAAAAUAAAACUCAAAUCAUAAAUAACUGAAUAAACCCCAGAAACAUCCAGAGAGAGGCCAUCAGUCUACUAUAAAUUUUAUUUGGUGAGUAAUUUACCUGAGAAAGAGCAAACUUGUUGCUCUACAAACAUCGUUGACACACUAAAGGGUAGAUAGCAAUCCAAGUAGAACCCUAGAGUAUGGACUAAAAAUUCGCAAUUGAUUAAUAAAGCACCAAUUAACUCAAGCAGGCCAUAACAAGAGAAACCUGUAAGGCUACUCUAGACUUUGCAGUAAGACAAAGCCUUAUACAAGACUGAACAAUAAUAAAUAGACAGUGUGAUUCUUAGAUGUCAGAACAAGAAGAUGCUGCAAGCUCGUAAUAUGUGGAUCUGUUUAGCCCCUUGUUUACCUGCAACACCUGGAAAGAUGGAAAUAUAAUGGCACCUAAGAACUAAAUACAUAUUUCAGUAUUUGCCUUGAUUGUAUAAUCAUAUACAUUUAGGAACCAUUAAGAUGCUACUCUAUUUCAAGAAACGGACUGUUGUAUCAAGUAUGUUUGCUAUAUGGGACAGUAUUAGAAAUAGAGUUAGAGGUGAUAAAGAGCAAGCUUAGCAGAAAAAGUAUUUAAGAACAAGAUCCAGUGGGGAAGGUAUUUUCCAUAGAGAGAACAUUUUAAAUUGCUGGAGUUACACAGUUGUUUGAGAUUACUUCCUGAGUUUUUAGUUUAUCUGUGCCUUAUGAAAAUUAGCCAACCCUAAGAUAGUGCUAGAAGUAGCUAGAUAGUAGGUGAUAUAGAUUAAGUAGAUAGUUACAUUAAAAGGAGAAAUACUAAUAAUAUGCUUUUUGGAUGCCUCCUAUUGAGAUGUUGAAUCUCCUCCAUGAGAGUGGAGUGAGUGGCUGGUCUAUUAUCCAAGUAGCUGUGUUUUGGAUCUUUUUAAGUUAAUGCCCAAACCAGAUUUUGUAUGGCAUAGAGAAGUAGAAAGGGAGCAAGGCUAUAUAUUUUGAGACAAAUUUAAAGGUGUUAAAAUCAAGAGAGAUAGGCUGGUAGAUGGCACUGAAGUAGACGGUACAAAUCUCAAUGCUUUAGCUAAAGUAGGAAAGCUGCUG